AUGGUUCUUACAGCUGAAUUCAGGGUUCAAUACCUUGUCUAUAUGGGUUACAUUGACAAUGCAUUUUCAAUCCCCCCUGGUCUACAUCUCAGCUGGCAUCUACAAAAAUAUAACUGUAAACGGAGACCCUUUGAAUAUAAAAGGCCCUUACUAUCCUUCACCAAGCAAGCUUCUAUCUACUCAUCAUCAUCACCAUUAUCAUCAAUAUCAGAAACCCUAUCGCUUCAGAUCUACAGCUUCACUGCAAUCUCUCCUGUUAUCACCACCAAAAUGGGCUACCCAACCAACGCCGAAAUCAAGUCUCUCUUGGAAUCUCAAUUCCACUCCAAACUCCAAAAGUCCGACCUCACCGAUGACUCUGAAAGCCUCUUCCAGUUCGGACAUUUGGACGAGCUCUUCUCCGAUGAUGUUGAAGUUCACAUUUCCGGCCACGAGUUUCACUUGAAUGGAAAGCACCGCGGUCUUGAUGCCUUCAAGGAGCACCUUCAGUCCGAUGACAUGCCAUCCUUGAACUCCAUUAUUGAUGUCAACAAGCCGAUUAAGGGCAGUGUUUUGCAUGUCAUUGGCGGCGAAAAAGACGAAUGGAAGGCUGCUGUUCUCCACAGCACUGCAACCACCCAGAACAACACCCCAUGGAAUCACGAGAUGGCUGUUCUCAUGCGCUUCAACCACGAUGGGAAGAUCACUGAAUUAAGGGCCUAUGCGGAUACCCAGCACGUCCACCAGCACAUCGAGGCCCAUAAGUAA